AUGAAGUCAGACGAACGUAGCCGUACUGCUACUGCUGGUGGUGGUGACAAUGGAGUGGCUAAUGGCAGAAAUAUGAGCAAAUCACAGACAACCUCAAUGUUGGUACCCGGAUCGGCUAUUUCAAUUCGAGUGAGUUUCAUACUUAAUCGGGUUCGUUACACAUNCCCCGCCGAUGCAGAUGAUAAAUUCUACAGUGAAGGGAAUCGAUGGAGGUGA